AUGCCCCUGGUCCUUGGCCCUGGGGUCCUGCAGUGCCACAGAGGAUCUGAGCCCCCUUCCCCAGCAAGGGAGAAAGGGGAGCAAGGAGCAAUGGAACCGCAGGCAUUGCCCACCUGGCCCGGCUGGGGCCCGAGCCCAGGGGGUGUGCCAGGGAGCACAGCUCCAAUGUGGGGCGAUGCCCUGGUGGCUUUGGAGGCUGAAGAGAUGGACCCGGAGGACACUGGGAGCCCUGGACAGAUGGAGGACACUCCAUCUGGAGGGGAAGGGGCUGUGUCGCCCAGAGCAAACAGCCUCUCGAGUGCCACCCAGCUCCCAGAGAGCCCUGGAUCCAUCAGGAGGAGGCUACAGUGUUGGGGGACUGAGAAUCCCUGCCAGACCUGGUUGGAUUCUGGUGGCGGGGUGAGGCCGAACAUGGAGCUGCUGAGGGCUCUAGGUGAAAUGCAGCGUCAAUGUGCCAUCCUGAAGGAGGAGAACCAGCAGCUGCGCAAGAGCAGCUUCCCUGAGACGGAGGAGAAGGUGAGGAGGUUGAAGAGAAAGAACGCAGAACUGGCAGUCAUUGCCAAACGGCUAGAAGAGAGGGCCCACAAGCUCCAGGAGGCCAACCUGCUCAUGGUGAAUGCUCCGAUGCCCCGUCCAGGUGCCAGCCUGGAGUUGGCCAGGAAGGUCCUGGCCAGCCAGCGAGCCCGUGACCUUAGUGAGACAGCUAGUGCCCUCUUGGCCAAGGACAAGCAGAUCGCUCACCUGCAGAGGGAGUGUCAGGAGCUGCAAGCACGACUCAGCUCAGAGGGCAAGGAGGGCCCACAGUGGCUGAAUGUGUGGGACUUUGACCGGCUGCUUCGAGAGUCCCAGCAGGAGGUGCUGAGGCUACAGCGGCAGAUCGCCCUGAGGAACCUGCAGGAGGUGCCCCCGACGGGGUCCCCCAGCCCCUUGGACACCCGCGUGCUUCCCCCUGCACCUGGGGCCCCUGGGGAGGCAGUGCCCUUGGCUAGAUCCCAGGAUGACGUGGAUCUUCUACCAGAGGGGGCCUUGUUAGCAGAGCCAGAAAGCCAGCAGAGGGUCAAGCAACUGGAAUUAGAACUUGGCAAGAAGAGGAAGAAAUGGGAGACCCUUGAGCAUGAAGUGAGGAAGAAACAGAGACGAUGUGAGGAGUUGGAACUCCAGCUUCGGAAGGCACAGAGUGAGAAUGCCCGACUGCUGGAAGAGAAUUCGAGGCUCAGUGGCAGAGCCUCAGGGAAGGAGGAGGUGGAAUCUGAGAAUGUAGAGCUGAGGGGCCGGCUCCAGGGAGUGACAGAAGAGAGGGACUCAGCCCUUCGGAAAAGCCAGGGACUCCAGAGCAAGCUGGAGAGCUUAGAGCAGGUGCUGAAGCACAUGCGAGAGGUGGCCCAGAGGAGGCAGCAGCUGGAGUUGGAGCAUGAGCAGGCCCGGAUAGGUUUGCAGGAGAAGCAGGAAGAGGUUCUGAGGCUGCAGCAGGCACAAGCCCAGGCCAAGAGGGAACAUGAAGGGGCCGUGCAGCUCUUGGAGACUACCUUGGAUUCCAUGCAGGCCCGGGUGAGGGAGUUGGAGGAACAGUGCCGGAGCCAGACAGAACGCUUCAGUCUCCUGGCCCAGGAGCUCCAGGCCUUCCGCACACAUCCAGGCCCCUUGGAUCUGCUUAGCUCCACGCUGGGUACCAGCAGCACUGAACUGCCCCCUGUUCCUUGCUGCUGCUCCACCCCGCAGCCCUGCAGGGGGCCCAGCCCCAAAGAUGUCGACCUCCCACCAGGCUCGCCCCGGCACGGUGCCCUACGGGCUCCAGAGGCAGUUUCUAUCGCUCACUCUGGGGCCCCACGAAGGGCUUCCAGGAAGGCAGAAUCUCUUUCCAACUCUUCCCGCUCCGAGUCCAUUCACAACAGCCCCAAGUCAUGUCCCACACCAGAGGUAGAUACGGCCAGUGAGGUGGAAGAGCUGGAGGCUGACAGUGUGUCCCUGCUUCCAGAGCCUGAGGGUGUCUUCAGAGGGGCCAAACUUCAGGUCUUCCUAGCUCGUUACAGCUACAACCCCUUUGAAGGUCCCAAUGAGAACCCAGAAGCAGAGCUGCCUCUGACUGCCGGCGAGUAUAUCUAUAUCUAUGGCAAUAUGGACGAGGAUGGCUUUUUUGAAGGGGAGCUGAUGGACGGCCGCCGGGGCUUGGUCCCCUCCAACUUUGUGGAGCGCGUAUCCGAUGAUGACCUCAUGACCUCCCUGCCCCCGGAGCUGAUGGACCUGUCUCAUAGCUCAGGCCCUGAGCUCAGCUUCCUGAGUGCUGGUGGGGCUGGUAGUAGUGGGGGUCAGAGCAGCAGAGGAGGCAGCCAGGCCAGGCAAGAGGAGGAGAGGAACGAACUCAGCCCCAGUCCCCUCCUGGACCCCCCUGCCGUGCCUUAUCCCCGACACUUGGCUGUCCUAAAGCAAUUGGCCCACAGUGUGGUGCUGACGUGGGAGCCCCCUCUGGAUGGGGCGGAGGUUCAGGGCUACCACGUCUGUGUGGAUGGCAAGCUGCAUCAGGCCCUGGGCCCUGGGCCGCCCCGAAAGGCUGUGUUGGAGCAUCCAGACUUGCAGUCAGGGUCCUGCUGUGUGUCUGUUCAGGCUCUGACCAGCCAGGGCAGCUCAGACCCUCUUCGCUGCUGUCUUAUGGUAGGGGCGGGGGCCGGGGUGGCCCCCAGCCAGCUGCGGGUCCACCGCCUGACCGCCACAUCUGCUGAAAUCACCUGGGUGCCCAGCAACAGCAACUUUGCCCAUGCUGUCUACCUCAAUGGGGAGGAGUGCCCGCCUGCACGUCCAGGUACCUACUGGGGCACCUUCUGCCACCUGCGGCCUGGCACACCCUACCAGGCCCGGGUGGAGGCCCGGCCCAUCACCCUCCGGCCUUUGGAGCCAAGCUUGGAGAAGCUACAAAAUCGAGCGGCUGUUGUACACUUCACCACUUUGGCAGCAGGCCCCCCAGAUGCUCCCCUGGAUGUUCAGAUUGAGCAAGGCCCCUCUUCAGGGAUCUUGCUCAUUAGCUGGCUCCCAGUUACCAUUGAUGCUGCUGGAUCGUCCAAUGGUGUCCGGGUCACAGGUUAUGCCAUUUAUGCUGAUGGACAGAAGAUUAUGGAGGUUGCCUCCCCAACAGCAGGCAGUGUGCUGGUAGAUCUGUCUCAGCUACAGUUGCUCCGGGAGUGUCGGGAGGUGGUGGUGCGCACCAUGUCCCCACAUGGAGAAUCUGUCGAUUCCAUCCCGGCCCACCUUCCUCCAGCCUUGGCUCUGGCAUACCCACCCGCCCCAGUUCUCAGACCAUCUGCUGCCUCUUUGUUGCCUUCCACAAGCCCCGAGGCCAAAUCCCUUCCAUGCCCUGCCUCUCUGAGCCCCCGGGAUUCAAGUCCUCCCCCACAGCCCCACGAUCCCCCUGGAAGCCGAGACGUCGAAGGGGGCCUCCCCAGCAGCCCCUCAAAGACAGCAGAGAGACUCCCCCAAGAGGACUCCACAAGGAACAGCCAGCAGGAGGAGCCUGGAGUCCCCACAGCAGCAGUGUGGGCUCCUGGAGGCAAGAGAGGCCAGGACACAGGGCCUCCUCUGUCGGGGAAAGAGGAGGAGGAGGAAGAGGCAGUGAUGGCAGAGAAGGGGCAAGGAGAGUCUGCUCUUACCCCCUCCCCAGCUCCAGGAGCCCCUGCUGAGAAGAUGUCAGGGAUAGAGCCUGGUCGAGGUGAAAUUAGCCCCGGGCUCCGAACCAGGGCUGAGCAGAGGGAAGACACCUCUGAUCUUGGGGUCCGCCUGACAAACUCCCUUGUGGACCAUGGCCGAAGCUCUGACCUGUCAGACAUCCAAGAGGAAGAGGAGGAGGAAGAGGAAGAGCCAGGUGCAGAGUCUUUCUCUCUCACCCAGCAUGGAGAGACCAACGAUAGGGAAAAUGGUGCCAAGCUGGACUCUUGUGAGACAGACAGUGAUGAAGAGAUCCUAGAACAGAUUCUUGAGCUCCCUCUCCAACAGUUUUGCAGUAAGAAACUCUUUAGCAUCCCUGAAGAGGAAGAAGACGAAAUGGAAGAAGAGAAGAAAGAGGAAGAGAAGAAGGGGGCAGAGGACUCCUUGGCUUGUGUUCACUUGCCAGAGUCCCAGGGGAUGGGACUACAUCGCUCAGGCAGCCGCCUCUGGGAGCUGAGGUCUCCCCCCUCUGCCCCUGACUCUUCCUUGGGAAGGGAUCCCCCUGAGGAACUUACCCCCUGCCAGGCUGGAGGGAGCCCCCUGGGGAGCCGGCGGAGGGGAGGGGGCUCCCCUGAGAAGUUGCCUGCCCGAAAGCGACCCCCUGACCCCCGAGAACACUGCAGUCGCCUCCUUGGCAGCAGCGGGACCCAGGCAUCUGGAAGGUCUGGUCCCUCUUGGGAUAGGGGUGCACCCUCAUCCAUUGAGGGAGUGAAGUGUGGAACAGAAAAUAGCUGGAAGGGGUGGCCCGGCCUAUCCCGGAGAUGUUCCCGGGGCCUUGCCCCCGAGUCGGGCCUUGCCAGCUGUUUUGCCCCAAAGUGCUUGGAGAUCAGUAUCGAGUAUGACUCUGAAGAUGAACAGGAGUCUGUGGGCAGGGGCAGCAGCAUCUCCUCUUCCUCCGUCUGCCCUCGAGAUGGGGAGGGCCGGGGCUCUGGACCAGAAGGUGCCCCCCUAGGAGGGAGGCGGGGGGCACCUGGGGCAAGUGCUGCCCCCAGCCACUGCCUCCGCCUCUCUAACUGUGAGAAAGGGGAGCUGGAAAGGAGAGGCCGAAGCCUGAACUGCCGGGUGAAGGAACCAUCCCCUCGGACACCAGAGGCCAGAGAGCUCAGGGGCCAGGAUGCUGCUGGACAGAGGGGCCCCUCCAGGAAAGGAAGCCGACCUCCCAGGCUAAGUGCGCCUGAGUUGGCCUUUUCAAGAAACCAGACAAAAGAGAUUUCCCCUCCAAAUGAACCUGUCCGAAUCUUUGUGGCUCUCUUUGACUAUGACCCCGUGUCCAUGUCCCCCAAUCCCGAUGCUGUGGAGGAGGAGCUUCCAUUUAGGGAGGGCCAGCUCUUGAAGGUGUGUGGGGAAAAGGAUGCUGAUGGCUUCUAUCGGGGAGAAUGUGGAGGUCGGGUUGGCUACGUUCCCUGCAAUAUGGUGGCUGAGGUAGCAGUGGGCAGUCCUGUGGUAAAGAGGCAGCUGCUCCAGAGGGGCUACCUGCACCCUGACAGCCCUAAGGAGGGCUUAGGGAAUGGCUCCUUCCCUCUACUUGCUCCUCAUCCAGCCGGGCCACCUCCCAAGCCCCGGAGAUCAAAGAAAGGCUCCUCUUCUCAGCCAGAUGUCAGGGCCAGCCCCAGCACACCCCAUUCCAUGGUGGCUGCCUUCGAUUAUAACCCUCGAGAGAACUCUCCCAAUGUGGACGUAGAGGCCGAGCUGUCAUUCAAAGCUGGGGAUGUCAUCACAGUGUUCGGGGCUAUGGAUGAUGAUGGCUUCUACUAUGGAGAGCUGAAUGGACAGAGAGGCCUCGUCCCAUCCAAUUUUCUAGAGGGUGUCAUCUCUGGGGAGGACAGGAAGGUAGUGGGGCCAUCUAAGGAAAAGGAUCCUGGGGUCCUAAUGGCUGAGAGCCAGCUCCAGUCUGCCACUGCCCCGGAUCUGACUGGACCUCUGCCGUGCCCGUCUCAUCCCCCUUCUCUUAGACCUGGGAGCACCCUCGAGGCCAGGUCAGAGGAGUCGUUGGCUCCAGCCAAGAAGAUGAGGGGCCUCAUCUCCAAAGGGAAGCACCUCCUUCGAAAAUUGGGCUCGGGGAAGAAAGAGUGAACAUGGUCAUUGGUGCCCAGCAGGCAGAGCCAAGGCGGACCAGCCCCCUGUCUCUCCCGCCCGAGCCUGUCUUUCUCCAGUGAUCCUGAAAGAGCCCUCCCAGCUAACAAGGGACGUUUGCCCAGGGGCCUGUGGGGCAGGACCUGAGGUGGAGCUGGGCUCUUGGUCCUGGAACUGCUUUCUGGACAUCACUGGUGCUGUGAUACCUGGAGGGAAAUCAGUUAUGGUACUCCCCACCCACCACCACCCCAAGACCUGGGACUCUGGGUGUUUGUGUUUGUGAGGGAAGGAGCAGCUCUCUAGGCUCUCUCUUAACACCCUUAUGUUCCCCCAGGUCCCACGUCUUCCUUCCCUUAUGGGGAAAAAAGUUUGCACUGAAGCCUCCCUGUGUUCCUCCCUACCCCCACCCCUAUGGUCCUCCCAGAGGGUGGACAGAACCCCUGUAUAUAUGUACAUAAGCAGCCGUGCCUCUGUAGCAACUCUCCAGCUCCAUCUUGCUUCCUCUGCACAGACCACUCCCCCUCCCAACCCUCUUCCCCCCCCACCCCAAGGAGAAAGGUCAUGCCAAAGCGUGUCCCCCACCUCAACCCCUCAAACAGGGCCACCUCAGCCCCCCAUACCACCUGCCAGUCCCCCCCCCUUCAGCAGGCCAAGGGUUGGGGGUUAGAGGUCAGGGGUUGAGUUUGCCUUAUUUGCAUCAUUAGAUUUGAUUUCUUUUCUGCACCAUCUCUAACCUCUCCAAGGGGAGGUUUGGGCAUGGGGUGGGGCAAGGACAGAAGUCUGCACUUAUUUUCAUACAUGCCAUGUUUAGAAUGUGACAGGGGCCCCACCCCCAGCAUCCCCCCAACUCCUUAGUGUUCUAUCCCUUCCUCCAUUUGACUCCAGACAGCUAGGUGGGCCUCUCUGCAUGCUUCCUCACAUGUGUUGGGAGAUUGGUUGGUCGAUCACCUCCAUGCCCGCCUCCACUACCCCAUGCUGUCCCCGGGUCACAGUGAGGGGUGAAUGUGUGUGUGUAUGUGUGUAUGAAAUUGUUUAAAAAGACAUUUUAUUAUAAUAAAGUCUAUUUUCACAAAA